AUGCUUAAAUAUAAUAAAUUUGAGAUUAUAGCACUGCUUAUUUUAGAAAAUUAAAAAGAAAAAGUGAAUGAUAGCAAUUCUCCUUAAGAAAAAAUUAAUUAUGGUAUUUCAUAAAAUAUUUAUGAUAAAUAUCAUCAAGAAAAAUAUUUAAAAUUAGGGAUGAAAGAUGGCGAUAUAAAAAAGGCUAAAUAUGUAGAGGAAUUAUCAAUAGAUGAAAUCAUUAAUUUUUAUUAUUAAUUGUACAUCAAAAAUCAUGUUGAAAAAAUAGAAGAUCCAAAUACAGCCUAUUUGUAUUUUGAUACAUUAGUGAAUUUAGGAACUAAAAACUCAACCCUUUUUCUAUAGAAAGUUUGCAAGACAAAAAAAGAUGGAGUUAUUGGGAGGAAAACAAUUUAAAUGGUGAACAGCAUGAAUUAAAAAGAUCUACAAAAUGAACUUAUUUAAGAAAGAAUUCAAUUUUUAAAGGAUGCUAUAAACAAAAAUCCUUAAAAGUAAAGGUAUUAUGAAAAUUGGAUUUCAAAUCUGGAUUAAUUAAAGGAAUAGAUUGACAAAGGAAUAAUACCUGAAAACGAAUAAGAAUAAUCUGAAGGCUAAUCAGAAUUAUAAAAAAAUGUAUUGUAAUACAGAGAGGAAAUAGAAUUCGAAAAAAAGAUUAGAGGAAUUAAUUUUCGUUCAAUGAAAUUCCUAAUAGAUGUUUAAGAAGAUAUACAUUUGACCGAUUUAGCGACAGCAUUAUUAGUUUUAAGUGAUCCAAAUUUAUCAAAGGAAGAAAAGAUAAUCAAAUUUAAUUUAGUUCCUGUUCUUUCUCUAAACAAAGAGGCUGUGUCUUAAUAAGAAAAACUUUAUUGGCCUGAUGAAUUUGUAAAGAGAAAUCUAAUCUAAGAUACUGAAUUUGCAAGAGUGAUGUUUGAAAGUAGUCAUUUAUUGCAAUAAAUAAGUUUGGGAAUUUCUGCAGAUGGCAAAACUCCUUUUAAAUAUCCAAAAGAAUUAGAAUUAUGCGGAUUGAAAUCAUAUUACAAUUUUGGUAAAAUGAAUGGGUCUUAGAAUCUAUAUAAAUUUAUGCUAUAUCCAUAUAAAUGUGUUUAUAGUUGUUUGGAUGAUGAGUUUUUAAUAGAAAGUAUCUAAAUUAAAUGUAAAGCUAAAUAGUUAGAAAUUAUGAAAUAAUAAAUAAUUGAAAAUGAGAUAAAGGAUAAUAAUGAUCAAGGAUUCUUAUUUGCAGAAAAGUUUAGUGAGAUUUAUGAUAAAAUAUCCAAAUACUACCCCAUUUUUAAUAGAUUAGAAAAAUUGUUCAAAGCUGUAGUUCUGGGUAAAUAAAUGAUAAAAAUGAAUGUCAAAAUUGAUUCAGAUUUAUUAAGAGUAUAAUCUUUAAAAAGUUAUAAUUUACCAAAUACCAUUUCAAUUCUCAAAUGCGAACUUUAAAAAAUAAAUACAAUAUAAAAUAAAUCUACAAAAGAAAAAUAAUUGUUACAAUUUGCAUUAGGAGAAGUAGAUACUAAUUGCUAGACUAUAUUAGAGGAUAAAGAAAUCAAAAAUAAAAUGAAAUUCAAUAAUUUAACAGAAAUUAAUAUUCCUUUCUUUAUAUAAUAAAAAUGUAGUAAUUGUAAUAGAAUGAUUGAGAGCUAAUUAUUAAAUUUAGGUUAAAAUAGUUGUUCGAUCCACCAUUCUGAUUCUUGUUAUUUAUGUCUGAAUUUAAUUGAAGAGAAAAAUUAGAUUUACCAUUAAAUAGAUGAUACUGAAUAUUCAUUUCACAAGACUUGUUUAGAAGUUUAUGAAAAAGUUCAAACUAGUGAACUAGACUUUGAGUUUGAGAAGACACUCUGA